CGAGACGGGCGCGCGCGCUCCAGAGAAGCGAACCGUUUUUGUGGAGGUUGUGGCGGCGGCGGCACUUCCUGCCUGGCAUCUGGGAGCGCCGCCGAGCCCACAGCACCGUCGACAUGGAGCCCGAGCCCGUCACGCUCCUGGUGAAGAGCCCCAACCAGCGCCACCGCGACUUGGAGCUGAGCGUCGACCGCAGCUGGAGCGUGAGCCGCCUCAAGGCCCAUCUGAGCCGCGUCUACCCCGAGCGCCCGCAUCCAGAGGACCAGAGGUUAAUUUAUUCUGGGAAGCUGUUGUUGGAUCACCAGUGUCUCAGGGACUUGCUUCCAAAGCAGGAAACCCGGCAUGUUUUGCAUCUGGUGUGCAGUGUGAAGAGUCCUUCCAAAAUGCCAGAAGCCAGCGCAAAGGUUGCUGAAUCCAUAGAGCAGCCCGCUGGUCUUAAUCAGGGACAGUCUCCUGGGGAUUCCUCAAGUGACGGUUUAAGGCAAAGGGAGGUUGUUCGGAACACUUCUCCCUCUGGAUGGGAGAAUAUCUCGAGGCCUGAAGCUGCCCAGCCGGCGUUCCAAGGCCUGGGGCCUGGUUUCUCAGGCUACACAACCUAUGGGUGGCUGCAGCUCUCCUGGUUCCAGCAGAUAUACGCACGGCAGUACUACAUGCAGUACUUAGCAGCCACUGCUGCGUCAGGGGCUUUUGUCCCCUCACCAAGUGCACAAGAGAUACCUGUGGUCUCUGCGCCUGCUCCAGCCCCUAUCCACAACCAGUUUCCAGCUGAAAACCAGCCCGCCAAUCAGAACGCUGCUCCUCAAGUGGUGGUUAAUCCUGGGGCCAAUCAGAAUUUGCGGAUGAAUGCACAGGGUGGCCCUAUUGUGGAAGAAGAUGAUGAGAUAAAUCGAGAUUGGUUGGAUUGGACCUAUUCAGCAGCUACGUUUUCCGUUUUUCUUAGUAUCCUCUACUUCUACUCUUCCCUGAGCAGAUUCCUCAUGGUCAUGGGGGCCACCGUCGUUAUGUACCUGCAUCAUGUCGGGUGGUUUCCAUUUCGACAGAGGCCAGUUCAGAACUUCCCGAAUGAUGGUCCUCAGGAAGCUGCAAAUCAGGACCCCAACAAUAACUUCCAGGAAGACCCUGAUCCUGAAAUUGCAGACCCCAACCGCCUCCCUCCAGACAGAGACGUAGUGGAUGAGGAGCAGACCAGUCCUUCAUUUAUGAGCACAGCCUGGCUCGUCUUCAAGACUUUCUUUGCCUCUCUUCUUCCAGAAGGUCCCCCAGCCAUAGCAAACUGAUGGUGUUUGCUCUCUGGCUGCUAGAGGCUUUGGCAGGCGUGGACUGGAUCAUCCGGUUCUGGCUAGAUUUCCUUACCUGGAUGUGGCGACAGCACAGAAUUAGUAAAAGAAUCAACAAAGAGGAUGAUAUGCUUUUGCGAUUCUGCAAAGGCAGAAAGUAAGACGUGAAGCCGUGAUACAAAUUGAUGAACAAAAAAUGCCUAAGGCUUCUCAUAUCUUUAUUCUGAAGAGCUUUAAUAUAUAUUGUUGUAGUUUAAUAGACAUUGUAAGUAGAAGGCAUUAGUGUCGCAUGUUUAUGCCUGAGGAACUUUUCCAGAUGUGUGUGUCUGCAUGUGUGUUUGUACAUAGAUGUCAUAGAUGCAGAAAUGGUUCUGCUGGUACGAUUUGAUUCCUGUUGGAAUGUUUAAAUUACACUAAGUGUACUACUUUAUAUAAUCAAUGAAAUUGCUAGACAUGUUUUAGCAGGACUUUUCUAGGAAAGACUUAUGUAUAAUUGCUUUUUAAAAUGCGUGCUUUACUUUAAACCAAGAGGAGCUUUGCAGAGGUGAAAACCUUUGCUGGGUUUUCUGUUCAAUAAAGUUUUACUAUGAAUGACCCUG